ACACACACAGACCCAGGGCAAUUCUUCCUGGAUCAUUUAUCAACAUCCAAACCAACACAGUCCGCAUUGAUUAUUCUUCUGGACCUCAGCGGAUCCACCAAAAUUCAUGAUCAACAUGGUUGCUGGUUGUGGACAGCUUGUUGGUUUAUUUUUGGGAGUCAUCGGCUUUCUUGGGUCGAUCAUCACCUGUGGACUCCCACAAUGGCGAGUCACCGCUUUCAUUGGUGCCAACAUCGUCACUUCUCAGGUCAUCUGGGAGGGUCUGUGGAUGAGCUGUGUGACCCAGAGUACAGGCCAGAUGCAGUGCAAGGUCUAUGAUUCUAUGCUAGAAUUAGCUCAAGACCUGCAGGCUGCCAGAGCACUCACUGUCAUCGCCAUCAUCGCUGGAGUUUUUGGGAUUCUGCUUGCGGUGGUUGGAGGCAAGUGCACAAAUUUUGUCGAAGACGAAGUGCAAAAGAGCAGAGUGGCAGUAGCUGCUGGAAUUGUCUUCAUCAUUGCCGGUAUCUUGGUGCUUAUUCCAGUCUGCUGGACCGCUAACACCGUCAUUCGUGAUUUCUACAACCCUACCCUGAUUGCUGCACAGAAGAGAGAGCUGGGAGCAUCUCUGUACAUCGGCUGGGGAACUGCAGGGGUUCUGAUCCUGGGAGGGGGCCUGCUCUGUAGCUCUUGUCCCCCCAACAAUGCCCCUGAUUAUGACGUUAGGUACUCCAAGGCUCGCUCUGUUGAUAGUCAUAAGGAAUAUGUUUAGAUAGCGAGCAUUCUGCUGGAUAUCUUAAAGAGUCCACCUUUUAGAAUUACAAUGUCUGUGAUUAAAAUAAGUCGAAAUGUUUAGA